AUUCUAAGCCGAGAACGUCCGACGGUCCCUUCCUGCUCCCAUUCCCCUCCAUGUUUGCUCGUCAGUCUCUUGCCCGCAUGGCGACCCAGUCGUCGCUGGCUACGACGAGGCCAAAUGCUAGGAACAUGGCCACCCUUCGUGAACUUGAGCUCCGACUCAAGUCCGUCCGCAACAUUGAGAAAAUCACCAAGUCGAUGAAAAUGAUUGCUUCUGCGCGUCUUGCCAAGGCCCAGCGUGCUAUGGUGGCAGCCAAGGACUACGGUGUAGCCAAUGCUGAGGUGUUCGAGCAGUCCAAGGAUGAAGCUCCCACUCCCAAGAAGCUUUUCGUCGUCAUAUCUUCUGAUAAGGGUCUUUGCGGUGGUAUUCACUCUUCAGUUACCAAAGCGACACGUAGAGCCAUAGACAAUCUUCCUGAUUCUCCCCUCGGCGCCACAACGGUCGAGCCCGACUCUUCCAUCAUGAUCAUCGGUGACAAGUCCAAGGCUCAGCUAUCUCGUGCUCUACCCAAGAAUAUUCGUCUUACCUUCAACCAAAUCGGAAGGGAUGUCCCUACCUUUGCCGACGCCUCUGCCGUCGCCGACUUGAUCGCCAAAAGUGGUGUUGAAUAUGAUUCCGUUGUUCUCGUCUACAACAAAUUCGUCUCUGCCAUCUCUUAUGAACCUGCCGCUUUAGAAAUCAAGGGCGGAAAGUCUUUAGCUGAGAGCAGCAAAUUCAAGGCUUAUGAGAUGGAGGAUGAUUUCACCAAAGACCUGGCUCAAUUCUCCCUUGCUAAUGCCAUCUAUGCUCUUCUCGUCGAAGGUCAUGCUUGCGAAAUCAGUGCUCGGCGAAACGCUAUGGACAAUGCUUCGAAGAAUGCAGGAGACAUGAUUGACCGUCUCCAAAUGCAGUUCAACCGUGGUCGCCAAGCCGCCAUUACCAACGAAUUGGUCGAUAUCAUUACUGGUGCAAGUGCUCUGUGAGCGAGCGGGUGGUUUUGCUGUGUUAUGUCAACAGAACUGCAUAGAUACAUUGAUUAUUUUCAAUUGUCGAACCGCAAGAGUAUUGAAUAUCAAAAUGAGAAGAUAAUUCGAAGAACAAGUUGCAACUAAGCUAUCGUGGACUAUGGAUUACUAUACAGAUUGGAACAUCCCUUUCGCUGGGAAG